CUCUUUUUUUACUGACAACCCACAGCGCCAUUCCCCAGACAGGGUCGCUGCGUAAAUAAAAGUGAUUGUACCUAGAAGGGGAAACUGAGCCAGACAACGAGACAGUGAUGAGGAAAAAAAUAACCAAUCACCAGACUGUCACACAAGCACGCGCCAGGAGCGAGCACGUGUCACUGCGUGUUGAAACUUGCAGUGAUGGAAGGAGAAACGCAACCUGCUGAUGAGGGUCUCUGGGCCCCAAAUAUGUGCGGUCAGCAGCGGGGUCCAUACAGCAACCUCAAAACCUUCCCUAACAGGCGUUUGGCGGGGAAGGCGCGGUUCCACAGACCCACAAUGGUCGAUAUCCCGCUGCUGGGAGACGGAGGCGGACAGAACUACACCCAUCUCAGUCACCAUCAUCCGUUUCAGCAGCAGCAUCAGCAACAGCGGCAGCAGCUCCACCAAACCACCCACACCAUCAGCCAGCGUAACCCGACAUCCCAGCUGCAGCAUAACUUCCCAUGCGAUAACAGGCCCAGCAGCAGAGUCGCGACAUCUACCUCGACCACGGUGGGGAGUGUGGCCCCAGCAUCACUUCGCCUUCAGCAGACGGUCAGCCGUGGCACCACGGUGCACCGGGACCCCAACUAUACAGGCCCAGCAGCAGAGUCGCGAGCAGAGGGACGAGCGGCGCUCAAACAUGAAUCACCUGAUUGCGUUUACAGGAUAAGCUCAGAAAACCGUCUCAUCUUGGAUGCUUUCGCACAGGAUUGUAGCCGUGUGCUCACUCUCCUCAACGGUGGCCGGUUCGUGGAGCCCCAAGAUCCUCUGCCCUCCUCCGUUACCUCCCACAUCAAGCAGGAGGAAAGCUGCCUCUCUGGGCCUGGGGGGGAGUCAAAGCCAGACGUGGGUCAAGUGGGUCACUGCCCCACCCUGGGCAAGCCACAGCCCAAGGAGAGCUCCACCGUCGAUCCUGAUGAGGAAGCCCAGCGAGGUCACUGUAGCCAAAAACAAACAUACGCAUUCCUGCACAUCUUCACAAAGUCCCUCCAGAGCUACCUGUUCACCGGGCCCCAGCAGCCCCACCCGGACCUGGGCCUCGAGGGAGAGCGAGGCCCAUCGGCCGAGUCUAGGGUGUCACCCAGCAAUAACCUUGGGGGCUGGAUCUCCCCAGCCCCUUCCGAGUCCUAUGGCCACCCCUCGUCCACCCUGACGGAGGAGGAAGAAGAGAGCUGCUGCCCUCGCUGUGUGGAGCUGGAGCAGGAGAUGCUGUGUCUGCAGAAGGAGAAUGAAGAGCUGCGCAACAAGCUGGACAACAUACCAGCUCCCUGCCAGAAUGUGCUGGACUUCUUCAAGACUGUUCUCCAGCACCAUAACCCGUUUAUACAGCCCAUGUCACAGGAGCAACAAACAGAGGAAGAAGAACAGACAACACAUGAGGGCAGUAAACAGCUCCUGGGGAACUACCCCCUCUUCAUCACCAACAAGCAGUGGGACGAGGCUGUCAACUCGUCCAAGAAGGAUGGCCGACGGCUGCUGCGCUACCUGAUCCGCUUUGUCUUCACCACGGAUGAGCUCAAGUACUCGUGCGGCUUGGGCAAAAGGAAGCGCUCGGUUCACUCAGGAGAGCCUGGGCCGGAGAGACAGCCCCUCAACCCCGUCAAAGUCACCUGCCUCAGAGAGUUUAUCCGAAUGCACGGUGCCUCCAACCCUGACUGGUGGUUGCCUUCCGAGGAGCAGAUCAACAAAGUAUUCAGUGACGCGGUGGGUCAUGCGCGCCAGGGUCGGUCCGUGGGGGAAUGUGAGAGAAAUUACAAGAUUAUGUUAUAAUACUUUUAUUGAAUCAAAAGGUUGUUUUAUGCAACAGAAUAGAGGGUUCUUAUAACUCUAUUGUGUCUGUGUGAACUGAAAGUGGGCCUCUGGGAGAUGUAACACUGACAGGAGAUUUUUGAUGUCUGUUGGGUGAUAAAACCUAAAGAGACUAAAUUCCAUAGCAUGAGUUAAUGUUUCUGUUCUAUAAGGUACCAAGGAGAGAUGACUCCAGGGCCAGACCCUAGUCUCUACACAAUGAGAUUUUUUUUACAGAAGAUACUGUCUGCUGUGAAUUAUAAGUAUCUUUCAUACACAUCUUAACCUUGUGACCCAUUCCAUACAUCUGUUGUUUGGCAUGUAUACUGAAGGGGGUGUAUCUUGGCUAUAAAAUACCUUUGUAUCUUUGUCGGGGCUCUCAACGUUGACCAGCCAUCAUUAUCAUAGAGCACUCAAUCGAUUCACUUUAAAUGUGUGUGUUGUAUUGUUUGCUCCCUUAUUAAUACGUGAAUAAAGAUUUAGUUUAAGUAUAACUGUGA